AUGAAAUGGGCAGUCGAGCUAGGACAAUUUGAUAUAGAGUACGAGCCAAAGACCGCCAUCAAAGGGCAAGCACUAGCUGACUUCAUCCUAGAGUUUCCACCCACUUUCGAAGUUGAAGGGACGGAAUGUGUACCUGAACCUCAGUCUCCAAUAGCCAUACCCGAGAAUUGUUCCCCUUGGUGGAACUUGUACGUCGAUGGGGCUGUCAAUGGAAAUGGGGUUGGGGCUGGCAUUGUCUUAGUCAGUCUAGAAGGCCAUAAGCUGCAAAGCUCCAUUCACUUCGACUUUAAAGCCACCAACAAUGACACGGAGUAUGAAGCCCUAAUAGCGGGGCUGAAGCUAGCCUUGCAGAUGAGGGUGGAAAAUAUGAAUGUUUACAGUGAUUCUAUGCUAGUAGUCUGGGAAAUCAAGCUAGAGCAAAUACCAAGAUCUAAGAACGCAGAUGCAGAUGCCCUGGCUAAGCUAGGUUCACAAAAGGAUGCACAUAUGCUUGGGGUGAUCCCCCUCGAAAUCCAAUAUCAGCCUAGCAUCCCCAAGAUUGAAGUCCUAGAUGUUGAGGUUGAAGAAUCUGACCUCUGGACAACCCCAAUCCAGGAAUACAUAGCCAACGGAACCCUGCCUGCAGACAAGGAUGAGGCCAGAAAAUUGAGAUACAAGGCAGCCCAAUAUGUAAUCUAUGAUGGAAUCCUUUACAAAAGAGGGUUCAACCGGCCCCUCCUUAGGUGUAUUGCUGGGAUAAGAUGUGAAUAUAUUAUGCACGAGGUGCAUGAAGGAAUUUGUGGGAAUCACUCGGGGGGUGCCUUCCUCGCUCACAAAAUCCUCCGUCAAGGCUACUACUCGCCUACCCUCUACAAGGAUGCUCAUGCCUUCGCCAAGGCCUGUGACAGCUGCCAAAGGUUCUCUAAUACAAACAAGAACCCAGCGGUACCCCUGAAGACCCUGACAAGCCCCUGGCCGUUCGCUGUUUGGGGUAUAGAUCUGAUUGGUGGAUUACCCAAAGGAAAAGGAGGGGUGAAAUACGCAGUUGUGGCUGUAGACUACUUCACUAAAUGGGUUGAGGCUGAACCCCUGGCUUCCAUCACUGCAAGGAAGCUAGUAGACUUCGUGUAUCGUGCCAUCGUCUGUCGAUACGGGGUACCCUACAAGCUUAUAUCAGACAAUGGGAAGCAGUUUGAUAGCAAUGAGAUGAUGAAUUUCUGUGAACACCUUGGCAUAAAGAAAGGCUUUUCCGUGGUGUGCCACCCUUAG